GCCGCCGCCGCAGCACGGACAGUGUAGUGCCCUGCGCGCGCCCGCCGCCCGUGAGCCAGUGACCGUGCCCCUAGCCUAGCGCCCCGUGCCGCGAGUGCCCCUGGAGCCGCCUUGGCCCGCCUGCAUGCCGACGCCGCGCCGCAGAGGAUGCCUAUAGAGGGCCAGGAGCGGUCGGAGCUGCCGCUGCAGCUAUGCACCCGGCCGCCGCCGGGACGUGCGCCACCAGGCCUUCCGCCCCCGCCGUUCCCGACGCUCCCUUCGCCGGGUGCGUCCAGCUCUCGCUCCGGAGGCGGCAGCUCCGCUUCCGGUAGCGGAGGCAGCGGCGGCGGUGGGGGCGGCAGCAGCGCAGCCGCCGCCGCCGCGGCCGCCGCCUUCGAAGUGUCUCUGUACCACCGCCACUUGGCGGCGCUGACGGCGGCCGCCGCCCACCACCACCGCGAGUCCUCCGCCUUCGUGCCGGUGGUGCCCUCUCGCUUCGUGCACGCCGCCGCCGCUGCAGCCGCCAGCGCCGGCGCGCCCUUCCCGCCGCCGCCGCCCCCGCCGCCCCCCGGAGACCCGGCGUGCAAGCCGGGUGCGAAGCCGCCGGCACCGCCCCCGCCGGCCUCCGCCGCCUCCGCUUCCGGCGGCGGCUCGGCGGGCGGCGGCUCCUCCUCCAGCUUCGAGCUGAUGGCGCUGAUGGCGGACAAGCGCAAGGAGCUGGCGGCGCUGGCCGUGCUGCCGCCCCCGCCCCCGCAGGGCCCGGGCGCGCCGCCCCCCGUGGUGCCGCCGCCGCCCCCCGGGCCCUCCUCGGCCGCCGCCGCGGCGGCCGCCGCCGCCGCCGCCUACGCGGGCGCGGCAGCUUUCGCGUUCCCCGGGUCGGUGUACCACGCAGCCGUCAGCGCCGCCCACCACCUGGACCGGCGGCUGCUGCGCGCGCCCGGUCGCGCCUCGCGGCCCAAGAAGCAGUUCAUCUGCCAGUUCUGCAAGCGCCAGUUCACCAAGUCGUACAACCUGCUCAUCCACGAGCGCACGCACACCGACGAGCGCCCCUACUCCUGUGACAUCUGCGGCAAGGCGUUCCGUCGCCAGGACCACCUCAGGGACCACAGGUACAUCCACAGCAAGGAGAAGCCGUUCAAGUGUGGGGAGUGCGGCAAGGGCUUCUGCCAGUCUCGCACGCUGGCGGUGCACAAGAUCCUGCACAUGGAGGAGUCGCCGCACAAGUGCCCCGUGUGCGCGCGCAGCUUCAACCAGCGCUCCAACCUCAAGACGCACCUGCUGACGCACACCGACCACAAGCCGUACGAGUGCAACGCCUGCGGCAAGGUGUUCCGCCGCAACUGCGACCUGCGCCGGCACGCGCUGACGCACGCCGUGGGCGACGUGCCGCCGGGGCCGGACUCGGACUCGCCGCCCCCGCCGCACGCGCCUCCCCCGCCGCCCCACCUGCCGCCGGGCAUGGCGCCGCCCCCACCGCCUCCCGCCGCGGGGUCUGCCGCCGCCCUGGGGCUGCCGCCGCCCUCGAUGCCGCCGCCCCCGCCGCGCUGCCUCACACCACCGCCGCCCCGCACGCCGCCCCCACCGCCGCAGCUGUUUGGUCGCCGUGGCAGCCCGCCGCCUACGACGAGGUGCCACCAUAACGAGGGCAGCGGCUACACGAUGCGGCCCUCGUGGCACCGGCCGCAGCUGCACAUCCGGCGGGACCUGCACCCGCCCCCGCCGCCGCCCCCGAGCGCCACCGUCACCAGCGGCAGCAGCGCCGCCCCCGCCGCCGCGUCCGCCCCCGAGUCGCUGCUGUUCCGACGGCGGCCGCCAGAACCGCCGGACAUCUCGCCGCCUCCACCGCAGCAGCCGCCGAGGCCUUCGGCGCCACUGCCCGCUCCGCCGCCGCCACCCCCGCCGCCGCCGCCUAGAGAGACGCCGUCCGCCGCUCCCAGAGAGACGCCGCCUCCUCCGGCCGUUCCACCCCCGGCGCCGCCGCCGCCGCCGCCGCAGUCGCAGCCCUCCACUUCCAAGACGGAACCCCCGCAACCGCCUCCGCCGAUCCGACCUCCGCAGCAGAGGCCGUCCACCAGCAAGAUGCACGGCUUCAGCAUCGAGGAGAUCAUGCGGCGCUGACGCGGCUCGCCGCCCCCUGCCGCCGCCCCCGACGCGCUGUCCCCCUGUCUGAUCUCAAAUACGCCUUCCUCUGACAGAACAGCGGGCGGGGCCGGACGUUCGCUGCUAGCGUGUGUUUAGAACUGUCACCUGGUUACUCCCAGUAACUAUGGAAACACGGUACAACCAGGUACUGUCGGGAAAACAACUGAUCCACGGAUUUCUCUGUUACUUAUGUUUCCUUUCUAAUGUAAUGACCGAAAUAUUUUGUGGUCGUUCCAUCAGUAGGUAUUUUCCUUCAGAAUGUCGUCGUGUUACUGUUCCAGAAACCAUUGUUGGAGCACUUUGUAUAAAAUCCGAGCUUGACAACAUCGUGUGCUGUUUGAUAGAAGACAAUGUUUGCAGAGCGACUAGAGCUGUUGCGUGUGUAUUGUGUUAGAUUUAUCUUUCACGGAGGGGUAGGAUAAAAGGCAAUCACGUGUCGCAGAUAGGUUUUUAAUCGUAAAUCUAUGGUUGUGUCGGCUAUAAAAAACUGCUUGCUGUGAACGUCCCUUCGAACUUGAUGUAACAGAGGUGUAGCUUUGAGAACGAUUUAGUUUGUGAAGUGUUUAGAAGGUUUUGCCUUAGCCUGUUGGUGGAAGAACUGAAACAUUGGAUUAACACACGUUUUUAUUUCACACGAUGCAGUCUGAGAGGUCGUUGUAUCUUACGGAAGUUAUCAUGCUGGCCGGAGAAUGAAAUAAGAACAAGAUACGGAGAAGAUAGACAUACGUGUACGGAUAUAGUAAUUAGUCCGCUGAAGUGCUAAAGGAGAGGUUCUUUUGCUUCUUCAAUUCAUUCACAUAUAUUUCUCCGAAAUUAAUUGGACAACAAGGAUGUUUUUGAAAAGUGCAGCUGUUUACGACUGUUUGUGCUUUGUGACAUGAGUGUUUCUCCUCUCCCUCUCUUUCUACCAUCUUUCAUCCCAGUGGAAUGUAUUGCAUGCGUUUGCCAUAUAGGAAACUUGUCUACCCACAGUGUUGUUUGUGUUGUGCAGCGUACUUGUCUGACGGCAAUACACUCACAUUCGUCAACAUGAUUCUUUUAUUUAAUCUCUCUAGCGAGUGUGGACCCCCCUGCACCAUGUAAACUAUGUAUUCAAAUCCAUCCCAGUUCCAAAGAAGCUCUUCCACAUAUAAAGUGUGAGGAAGUGAUGAAGUAGAACAGAACGUUAUGUAAAUAGUGAAGUGGGUGUUUUCGAAGUGAUUUUGGGAGUGGCCUUCAGUGCAACAAACUUCGCAACGGCAACGAAGAAAUGAAGCUCAAUUUAAUAUUUAUUUCACCGUUUUAUGACAUUUGUACAGCUUAUUUGUGUUGGUAGUUCCUUAAUUUGUUGUUUUGUUUAUAGAUUUACUGUUAACUUAGUGGUGUGGUAGUUCCAGAGUUACAUGGAUGGACAGAUAGGACGGGAGCAGAAGUGUAUAUAGUAGCUGUGCUUGCAGGAUACUCAUUUCUUACUUGGGGCUAAUGUCAAGGGAACAGAAUAUGUAGAAGCUUGAAUUUGGUGUUCGAUAAACAGAAUAAAAUGUAAAAUCGUACCAAAUGUACUAAUGAAAUGUCUUGCUGUUAAUGUACAAAUGUCCCACGAGCACCAAAGACAACUAAGAUGAAACAAAGAAAUUCCUAUUCUGAAGUGGUUGCGGGAUGAUCUGAUGGUUAUCAUCGUCUGUAACAGUAAGAAGACCUUUGCCAUUUUCUGGAGGAGGAAAGUUAUUUCGAAAACAAACAAAAAAUAUCCUAUGCUUCUUUCGUGAAGUGUGUACAUAUAUUCAGUUUAAUCAGUUAUGUAAAUUUCGUUUAGCCGAUUUCUAAAUUUUAAUUACAUAUGAUGUAAUCUCUUGGUAAUAAAAUAUUGUUGAAUAAA